AUGAUGAAAUCCUUGAUUAUCAUUACGAUCAUCGUGGCCGUGGCAGUGGCCGACGAAAAAGGGACAGCAAAACAGGAUAAUAAGCGUCAAAUAGCUUCGUACAACAGCGGUACUGCAGCUAUCGCACAGCCGUUACAAACACCACAGCCGACAACUGCUGCAGCAGCGGUCAAUAAUGCACCUUUGUAUCAACCAAGUUAUUUACCCACUUGUGUGGUACAACCGAAUGGCAAUAGCAUUUUCACGAAUCCAUCGGUACCCGCAUAUCAGCCUCCGUACUACAACGGACCUGCCGAGUCGUUUGUACCACAAUACCAACCGCAGCAAUAUCCGAUCGCAUAUCAACCAUCGCAAUAUCCGAUCGGUUAUCAGCCACCGCAAUAUCCGGCCACAUACCAGCCACCACAAUAUCCGGCCACGUACCAGCCGUCACAAUAUCCGGCCAUAUACCAGCCAUCACAAUAUCCGGCAACGUACCAGCCAUCACAAUAUCCAGCCACUUACCAGCCGUCGCAAUAUCCUGCCACGUACCAGCCGCAACAAUCCGGCCAGAGUCCAGUGCCGUAUUCGUACAGUUACUUCUCUUCGGCGGCCAACAACGCCAACAACAACGCUCAGUUGUCCACCACCAAGAAGUAG